AUAUAAGCCUCAGAUUGUGUCUCUGUUUGCAGCAGCACCAACAGAUAUUCUCAAUCUCUCUCUCUCUCUCUCUCUCCAUAAAACCCCCUCCACCCAUUCCAACGGACUAGUGCCAAACCAUCUAACCCAAGUUCCUCUUCUUUGUACUCUGAUCAUUCACAUCCAGACCACAACUCUCAAAAACCCACAACGGACAAGAGCGAAAAUCCACAAAUGCCUUCGGACUCCAGCGAGCACCGCAGGCCACCCAAGACAGCCCACAACCCGGGAGCCCCACCACCAGAACAAGAGCAACUACCGUGCCCGCGCUGCGACUCCACCAACACCAAGUUCUGUUACUACAACAACUACAACUUCUCGCAGCCCCGCCACUUCUGCAAGUCCUGCCGUCGCUACUGGACUCACGGUGGGACCCUCCGGGACAUCCCCGUCGGCGGCGGCUCCCGCAAGAACGCCAAGCGCUCCCGCACCGCCAACGCCACCAAUAUCCUCUCCUCCUCCGCCACUUCUCACGUCGACCCUCUUCCCGCCACCCCGGUCCUGCUCCCUCUCUCGGCCAGCCAGGGCUCGUCCGUACAGUUUGGGCUUGGUGGUAAUGGGGUUGAUGUGAAGGGUAAUGGAAGUGUUUGUGGAAGUUUCACGUCUCUGCUGAACACUCAGGGGCCGGGCUUUUUGGCGCUGGGUGGGUUUGGCCUUGGGAUUGGGCCUGGGUUUGAGGAAAUGGGCUUUGGGCUUGGGAGAGGGAUCUGGGCUUUUCCCGGGGUGGGAGACGGUGGUGCUGCAGCUGCUGGUAAUGGUAGUGCAACAGGAAUGGGGAACACGUGGCAGUACGAGAAUGGAGAGUCUGGGUUUGCUGGUGGAGACUGCUUUUCUUGGCCGGAUUUGGCAAUAUCAACCCCUGGAAAUGGUCUCAAAUGAACUCCUCUUUUCUUUUGCUUUUUUAUUUUUUUUUCAAUGGAAACUGUGUUUUUUUUAGGGUUUUUUAUUUGCUACUGUCGAGAGUAAAUUGGGUAUGAAAUUUAGUAAAAAAGUAGACUUUUUUGACUCUGCUA